CUUAGACUAUUAUUCAAAUUAAUGUCAAAUCCAGUAUGGAGUUCUUUAAUUUAUGCCACGCCCCUUUUCCGUUGAAGUCGCAUAUCCCUCACCUAUUUUCACAAAUGUCAGCAACAUCAUCACUAAUGUCAAAUAUGUCAAGUUUGAAUCUUUUAUCUUGUCAUUUGUGGAUGUCCGUUAAAUUUUUCUACGUGUUUUAGUUUUUAGAUGUUUUAAAACAUAUUUCGGAUAUGGAUAAAGUUAGAAUCCUAUUCGUUUUAUCAAGAAAAUACAACAAUGAGUCUCAGGCAUCUGAAUCUAUGCAUCAGGCCUUUGAAGUCUGUCAGCAAAACAAAUGUAAUGUGAAAUGGGUAAAAGAAUCUGAGGUGGACACUGAAUCCGUAGGCAAAACAGACUUUGUCGUGUUUGAGGAGUUCAAAGGGUCAUGUUUCGAAAGUCUAAAGCAGACAAAAUGUGCUCUAAUAGGUCCUUGGACAAUAAGUGUCUGUCUUCUUGAAGGAAAAGCAAUACCAAACUAUCCUUGGCCAAUGUUCAACGUAGCUAUGUACGGAUGCAUCGUCACAGCAUCUUGCUUGUCCAGCCCGAAGAAAGCUAAAGCAGAUAUCAAAACUAAAGUAGAGCUUAUGGGUGGGUGUUACAGUGAUGAUCUUAUAACCAAAACUACACAUCUUGUAAUAGGCAGUGUAAUGUCGGAGAAAUAUCUACUAGCUGCUGAGGCUAAUGUGUCUCUCAUGAAACCAUCGUGGAUAGAAGAUGUUUGGAAGCAGUCUCAAAAUGCUAGUGUCCAUGCAUGUGAUGAGAUGUUUUCAAAACAUCGAGCAAAAGCAUUUGACGGAUUGACAAUCAGCACAACAGGCUUAACUACAGCUUCAGAAAGGCACGCAGUUGAGAAAAUGAUCACAGAAAAUGGUGGAAAGUUUACUGGAAAGCUUAUUGUUAUGGAUACAAAUGUGUUGGUUUGUGGGGGCCCUGAAGCAACAAAUAGCGAGAAGUACAGGGCAGCACGUAGGGCUCAGCAUAUUAAAUGUGUCACUUUAGAAUGGGUAACAGAUAGCAUAGAAAAGGGGUAUGCACUUCCAAGCCAAAAAUAUCAUGUCCAAAAAGUCACAUCUACUCCAACAAAAAAUGACAGUAUAAAUCCAGAUAUUUCUACUUUGAGUGCAAUUUUGCCAUCUAACAUGUCACAUAGAGGAAUCGUAGAAGAGAGUCUUUUAAGUAGCUCUAAGGGCAAUCAAAAACGAAAGGCAGAGUCAAAUUAUGAGGAUCUUGUUGAGAAACUAGAUGUGAAAAAAGCCAAAAAAGCAGGACAAUACUUAGAUGGAUAUUCCAUAUAUGUGACUGGCUUCAGUGCAGAUCAAACAGAAAAAUUGAUAAAAAUCCUAAACUUCAGUGGUGCAACAAGGAAUGAGAAAUUUUCAGAUAGUGUAACACAUGUUAUUGUAGGUGAUGUUACAAGUCAUGAGGUUAAUUUGAUAAAAAGUAAGAGGUACUCGUGUAGCUUAGUAUCUGUACAGUGGCUCUUAGAUAGUAUUGAUCAAGAAAGAGCUGUAAGUGAGGAAAAGUACCUUAUCAGUCACGUUGAGAUGGAACAUUCAUUGGGUGGUCUUGUAUCCCCUCUAAGCAAAAAAGGUCUCAGCUUAUUGAAAUCAAAUAAAACUCGCACUGAAACAGAUGCUGACUGUGAUAUGGAUGGCAUCAUCCCCAUUCCUGGCGAAUGUGAGGAUAACAUUGUAAGACAGUACUUGGAGAGUAAUACUGGCAGUCAAGACACUUUAGCCAAGCUAUUGAAUGAUGUUGAUGAUUCAAACUUAUUGAAGCAUGAUAAUGUUGCUCUACCUCCACCUCAGUCUCAGUUUAAACCUCCUGAAACAUCAACACAACAAAGUUCCAUGUCUGUCACCCAAGACCAGUCUACGUUGUGCAUUUUUGGAAAUACGAAAUUUAUGAUCAUGGGCUUUGAUGAGCAACGACAUGCUCAGCUAAGGGAGAAAAUUGAAGAUUUAGGUGGUGAAGUGGUUCCUAAAAAUUCUAAGGGAGUGCCAGACUAUCUUGUGGUGCCAAUUUUCAGCAUGAACAUCCAUCAGACUGCAUCGGAAAUAGUAAACGAAAUCUUCAUAGCCGAAUGCGAUGAUACAGGCAAAUUAUUGACUGAAAUUUCGUACUAUCAUCGGCCUCACGAUGUUCCAGACACAAAAUGUUUGAGCAACUGUGUGAUAGCAGUCAGUUCUUACAUUGGAUUUGAGCGGCAGUUCCUUAGAUGUUUGAUUGAGUAUCUAGGAGGACUGCCACAGGAGCAGUUUGCUAGGGUCACCUUGGAGGCAAAAGGUGUAUAUGGCUGCACACAUUUGGUGUCCGCGACAGCAACUGGGAAAAAAUACGAGGCAGCUGUAAAAUGGGGCAGGCCAGUGGUGUCAAAACUUUGGUUGCUUGAGUGCGCAAAAACUGGCAAAAAGGAAUGGGAGGGCGACUUCCUUCUCGGAGAUUCUAAGGCUCCCGAACGACGGGAGGAGACCAAAGCUGCUGGCACAGAGACGAUUUGUGACGAAAACUCAAGGCCAGGAUUUGCAAAUACCCCAGAGACAAGUCGAUGUCGAACUCCCCAACCUCCAGGGUCAAGUAAGGCCGAGAAGGCUUGCACCCCAAAUAAUCAGAUCUCUCAGUUGAAGAACACUUUUGGAAUUACAGAUCAGCAAUUUAGUCCCAUUACGCCGGUGAAUCAAAUCAUGAGACGGUUUCGGAAUAAGUCUCCUGAAAAACAAGCGUCAGAGAAGAAAGAUGACAAAACGAGUACACAUUAUGAGCCAUGGGACUUCAUCAAGACUCCUGAUACUCCCUUAGGGAGGAUAUUUACUCCUAAUCCUUCUCCAAGGUUAAGAAAAAUGUGUGAAUAUUGGCUGAUGCAGUUUCCCGACAGAUGUCCCAAAGACAGCGAUAGCAAUGCGAGCACACCUUUAUCAGAGAUAAAAGAAAGGUUAUGGAAUAAAGUAUUACGAAAAAAUGUAGAGCAGCCUAACUUUGAUGAUAGUAAAGAAGACGCAGUUGCUUCGGCCGUCGAUGAACCGACAACUCCCGAAAAUAAGUUUUUGGAGGGAAAAUUUAAACAGCUUGAGGAUAUGCUGACGGCCAGCGGUAGUGGAAAGAGGCAAAGUAGGAAUUUUCAAUCUAUCAACCCAGCACCUGCAGGUAACAGGGAAUAUCAGGACUCUCAACCGUGCACCGUAGGGUGGGAUUUUAAGCAAGGAGAUUCUUCGCCAAAGAAGCCUAUUUUUACCUUGUCCAACCUAAGUGAUAAAGACCGGAAGGAAAUGACGUUUAUGAUCGAAUCUUUAGGAGGAGUAGUAUCCGAAUUAGCCAACUACGACCCGGCCUGCACCCAUCUAAUCUGUCCAAAACCAUGCCGCAACGAAAAACCUCUCGCAUGUAUGGCAGCCGGAAAAUGGAUCCUACAUAGCAAUUACAUCUACGAAUCGAAGAAAAGAAUGAAGUUUCUGAACGAAGAAGAGUACGAGUUCGGGAAUCCGAAAUCCGCGGGAAAUUUCGAUGUGCCUGAGGAUAUCGAGAGGUCCAGGCUGACCAGAUCGCAUUGGUGGCGGAAGGAGAUUGCGAGAAGAGGGUAUAAGGCGUUCAAUGACAUGCGGGCCAUCAUUUUUGCAGAGAAAAGGGAGCCCAUCUUAAGAGUCAUAGAAGCAGGAGGUGGGGUGGUAGUAGACGUCAAGCCCCCAUUCGACGACCACGUCCACGCGACUCAUUGUCUGAUAGACAACAAAUACGUUUCUUCUGAUCUCUCAGCGUAUAUUCCUCUUGCGGAGCAAGGAAUCUACUUGGUGCCUACCGUUUAUGUUAGUGAUUACCUUUACAAUCCUUCCAAGGAGAUCAAAGACUGUAUUAUACCGUAUUUCGCGAAGUAUUAUUUUAGGAGCUGAGGUUUUUAGUUUGUUUUGUUAUUGCAGUCUCAUGAAUGACGCUUUGUUUGCAAGAAUAUGACAUCGAGUCGCAAAUCAAGAUUUCUGAAAACAAGACUGAUUUUGUUUGUAAAUUAUUUAAUAUUUUAUAGUGUCCGUCCGAAUCUGGAUUUUCAACCGAGUACAAACCGAAACUGCCAAAACUUCAUUUAUUCCCGAAAUGGUCGGUUACUAAUAUUUUACAUGUUUUACCAGAAUGCUGUCGAAAUCGUAGCGACUCAAAUGUGAACAGAUUACUUUGAAAGGUAACUAAGUAUAUUUUGAGAAGAAGAAAGUAAACGAAAAAAAUUAGUAGUACAAAUUGAUGUCACUGUUCUUGCAAGCAAAAUACAUUCUUUGUGGUUGAUUUGUGAUGUCCCUCGUUAGUAUACUAUUGAUUAGGUCGUUUAUAAUUCAUUAUGGUGCGUUUAAGAGCAGUGAUAAUUUUUGUGUCCGCAAGUCAUGUUUUCGAAAAUAAUUCAUAAAGUAAGGCUUCCGUGAGUACUGAACUCAAACGAGCAGGUUUUUUUUAUUUUGUUUUAUGAUUUUAAUUAAAGUAUUUCGGACUUUUCCCAAGCGAUAUUUUGAAAAAUGAACAUCGGUUCUCCGAAAUAUUUGAGAUAUGUCAUACGACAGUUGUAGGCUGAUCGCAAAGUGCUCAAUAAUAUCAUGUUUUAAGUUAUUUGUAUUCUUCCGAUUUAUUAUUCGUAGUUCUUAGGUAUCAUGUUCAAGAUAAAAUAUAUAUAUUUUUCUAUAAUCACGUUCUGGAAAAAAUUAAGUAAACAUCUGUUUUUAAA